CUCAUGCCUUCUCCCAACACUGUGUGUAAGUGGCUCUGACUUCUACUCAUUAGGUGUUAGUGUGUUGAAGUGUAUCUAUGCUUUACCUGUUGGAGUAUCUCUCUCUGUUAUUCACCUUUGGACUAUAAGCAGAGUUUCCUUGUGUAUAGACGACUUGGACUUUGUCCUGGUAUUUCCUGUUCAUGCUCAUGUGCGAGACUGACUUUUCGCCUGUAUCAUUGCAAGGAAAAACAAGAUGACUGCAUCUUUCUGAUGUCACUUUACGUCUCUGAUUCUCUCAUGAGAUGCUCUUGUCCAACGCUCCUGGUGGAUUUUCUUUGAUUUCUCUGACCUGAAAUCGGAAGAUUCACCUGCAAAGGCGUUGUUUGUUUUUUGGCGUUUGCGUGAGCGUUGGCAGCUGCCCAGGCUGCGUAUUUGGGCAAGAUGAUGGAGGAGAUGUCCAUGACAAUGGCUUGUCAUGCCCAUAUUAUGGACCAGAUGAGUGAAGAGGAGAUCCUGGCCUGUCUGGCAGAUGAAAUAGGACCACAAGUCACAGUCCCAGUGAAGAAAGCCAAACAUAGGGAAAGCCGGCUUCAAAUAAUGGAUGAUGAAGAAGACCCCUUGGACAAAUACCUGAUGGAGAACCGUCGGCUUCAGCAGGCCAGCCUCCGUCUGGAGCAGGAGAACGACAACCUUGCCCACAGACUGAUCACCAGCAAGGUCGCCCUAAGGAAUGCUCUGGACAAGGCAGAGGACAGAGUGGACCAACUCACAAAAGACCUUCUACAAACCAGACAUCAACUGCAGGCCUCAGAAGAGGAGAAGAGAGGGAAAGAGGAGGAAGCUGCAAUGCUGAAGGAGGUGUUUCGGAGAGAGCUGGAGAAGGCUGAGCAGGGAGGUAGAAGGUCGUUGGGUAUCAUUGCAGACUACAAACAGAUCUGCUCUCAGCUGACAAACCGUCUAGAAAGGCAGCAGUCCGCCCACAGAGAACAGUUAGAUUCACUCAAGAGCACAGUGAAGGCUUGCUCGCGCUGUCGACACGUUGCAGAAUCAGGCGAACCAUCCGGCACAGACCAGGACUCAGCAACAAGAGAGGCCCAUGGGAUGACUGAACCAGGCCGAGAUGAGGACAACAAAGGUCCCGCAAAAGCAGAGCAGAGGAGAGACGACCAGGAGAAGGAGUCCCUCAAGGCCCAGGUCAGGGAGCUGGAACAGGAGUUGGCCCAGACCAAACUACAGAUGGUGGAGGCCAAUUGCAAGAUCCAAGAGCUGGAGCACCAGAGAGGCAUCCUGGCCAGCAAUCUCCAGGACGCAAAGAACAGCUGGAUCAGCAAGGCCUUCACCUCCCUGCGGACUUCCAGUGGAGGGGGACUUCUCAGAAUCAGCAUACCCAGAGAUGGAGCUCCUGCGGCCGGCUGGAACCUCCACCGUGGUUCCCUCUCUGGGUGGAGCGCCAAGAAGCUCUCGCGGCCUCACAGGGACAACCCAGAGAAUGUCUGACAGCUUGAGAACUAGACACAGCGGAAGCAUCAGACAUGGAUUGGAGUAUAAUAGUAAUAUAUAUUUAAUGCUGUAGCUUUUGUGCACUAGGGGGGAGUCUAGAGCACUGUCAUGUCCUCUCUUGUGUGUUCUCAUAAAAGUUCGUUUCUUAUUUGAAAACCAAAAUCCAUGUACCAAGUGAAUGGUUUUUUGUACGUAAUUAUU